AUGUCAGUGACCGAGAUGCCGAAUGACGAGUCCGAUGUGUUUGUGAUGACCCAUGAUAGCCUUCAAGCAUCCGAUGUGAAAGAACGUUUGCGAAUUGUGUGUCGCAACCUGCCCGUGCCACCAACCGGCAGGAUUCCGAUGCCUGAGAGAUCGCAUGCAAACCCCUCGCGUGAAAAGACGAUUCCAAAAGAGAAUCUCCUGCCUAAGACUUUCGUAGGACCUGCUGCUUGUGAGAAGACUGAAGUCACGGAGCCUCAGAGCAUCACAUGUUGUCCAACCAAGUCGUUAGCACACGAUGUCAUGUUUGCUACAACCAUGCAUAUCUCCCAGUCAAAGGAGACCCAGGAAAAGGACCUGCAGAAGCUCAGCUACGACCAACUCAAGGAGAUGCCCAUCAGGUUCGGAUCUGCCAAGACCGGUCAAAGUUUUCUGACAGUGGUGAAAGAAGAUCCGAAAUACUGCACUUGGUUUCUUCGCCAAUACGGCAACAGUCAGAAGUUGGAGCACCAAGAAUUCCUUCGAUUCCUGGAGUUGUGGACAGAACGUCAAGAACUGGAACAGAAUUGGAUGGAACGCCAAGAGAAGACCGUUCCAGCUCCCUUGGCCAGCAAACCCAAAGCCAAGGCCAAGAGUGGAGGGGGACAUGGGAAGUCUUCCGAACGUCCCAUGACGAUCGACUUGGAAGAGGAAGAGGAGGAACCUUGGGACACAGUAUCUCUUCGGGGAAGCCAGAUCAUCGACGAGCAAGUGAGCCAACGACUGAAUCAGCUAGAACAUGUUCUAUGGCAGGUAGUGGGCCAGAUGCAGCAGCUGUGUCCUCCAGCUCCCGAGGAUCCUGGCAAGGUCUCGGACCCUCCGGGAUAUCCUCCAGCAGCCGUACAGAUUUUGUCAGGACCACAACAUGAGCAGAAGCCUUCCAUGAAAUCCGAUGAUUCACAGUUUUUGCAGGACCCUACUAUUCUUGCUGAUGCCAAAGAGAUUGCUCCCAGAGUUGGCACUCUUGUUUUGGAAAAGGGUCCUUUGUUUGAUCGUAUUCAGGAAGCCUGCCCAAAUCAUGUGAUCCGAGUGCUUGAGAUUUGCAAAGGGGCGGACCGUUUCCGACAGUCUCCCAUUCGAUUGAUGCCACAUGAGGCUCCCCUUAGACUGACUGCCAAUGACAAAAGGGAAGUCCCACCAGGUGUUUUAGAACUACCGACCAAGAAAAUGCGUUUGACCUCAGAGGGAGAUCCAAUGGAGCCUCUUUCAAAGAAUGCGCAUGAACCACAGCAAGAAGUGCCAGAAGAAGGUGCCGGAGACUUCAAAUGCAGCACCUGUGUCGAGACACAAGCUCCAAGAAUCUCUCGACCGGCGUCCUUGUCGGAGCCCCGAGAGUUCAAUGACUGUGUUGGAUGCGACUUAACAUCAUGGACCUCUCGAAAUGGGAAAGUGUUUCAAUCUGUACAUCUGAUCGACAUGGCGACCAAUUUUCAACUGGCCUCCACGGUUUCCCAGACGGACGCUUCAACGUUGUUUGAGACAAUUCAAGAAUGCUGGUUCGAAUGGGCAGGUCCAUGCAAACAACUGGUUGUGGACAACGAAUCAGCCCUAUGCUCUGAUGAAUUCACCAAACAUGCCCAGAGCAGCGACAUUCAUUUGAGAGUUGUGGCAGCCUAUGCACACUGGCAAUUGGGAAAAACAGAACGUCAUGGUGAUAUCCUCCAACACAUGUUAGAGCGAUUUGAUGUGGAUCAAACUAUAUCCACCAAUGAUGAGUUUCGGAAAGCCCUCCAACAGUGUUGCAAUGCAAAGAACUCUCUAGCCCGGUCCAAAGGAUACACCCCAGAAAUCUUAGUACUUGGGAAGAGUCAAUGCCUACCUGGAAGCGUGUGCGAAGACGUGCCCAAAGCAUCACAUUUUCUCUAUGAAUCAGACAUUCCUGAGGGACUAGCCCUUAGGAAACACCUUGAAUAUCGUGAAUGUGCUCGAAGGGCUUUCGCACAAGCUGACAACAGUGAGAAGCUACGCAGAGCAUUUCUCCGGAGGCAAAGACCUCACCGAGGUCGACAUAUAGGUGGAUCCUUUGUCAUGUUCUGGCGUCCAGGAAAGGGUGAAUAUCACGGAAGAAUCAGAGAGUGCCCCAACUGUGGCAUUUCCUCCAGAGCCUCCUAUCCUCGGAAGGGGGACAAACUUCUCCGUAUCCACAAUCGACCGCGCUGGACCGACUUUGAUCCUAGCAGCUGCGCUGAUUGCCCAGUAGACAUCCUGAACGUGAUGGCCCAAGCGAGGGGUUUGCUGCAGCAGGUGUGGUCCAGGAAAAACCACUUGCGGCGCUUGGGGCGGAUUGGUGUUCGAGCCAUAGGCGCUGGCCAGUUCCGACCCCCACCAGCGCCGCCCGCCCCGCCUGCCCCGGCCCCAGCCGUGGGCGCUGGCGCGGCGCCGGCGGCAGCAGGGCCGUCGCCCUAUGCAGCGGCGUCGUCCUCGAGCCCGGUGCCAACCCGCCCGCGCCUGGGGGCUAAGAAGUCGGCCCGCGCGGGCAAGGAGCCUGUGACCAGAGAUUGCACCAUCCAUCUGCACAAACAUAUGCAGAAGAUCUCCUUCAAGAAGCGCGCGCCGCGAGCCGUGCGCGUGGUGAGGCAAUUUGCCUCCAAGGUGAUGCUGACGCAGGACGUGCGCAUCGAUACCAAAUUGAACAAGUUCCUCUGGAGCAACGGAGUCCGCAACGUGCCCCGGCGAGUGCGCGUGCGCCUGUCACGGAAGCGGAAUGAGGACGAGGAUGCCAAAGAGAAACUCUUCACAUUGGUGCAGCAUGUACCUGUUGAGAGCUUCAAAGGUCUUCAAACAGAGACCGUGAAGGAUGAAUGA